CUCAUUAAGUAGGCUGAUAGCAGACAGAGAACACGCAUCAACCAUCUCGAGAGCCAAUUAUACAGCUCGCAAAGUCAGAUUCAUCCAUGGAUCCCUGCAGUAUAUUUUGCUCUUGGGUUUUCUUUUGUUUCCCACUCCCGCCCUUUGAAAUAUCCCAGGUGGAAUCUUAUUGAUGCAUCUUCACCCAUCGCUCGUCUUCAAAAUACUUUGCGCCACAACGCUUAUGGAGUUUCUUCAAGUCCUCACGACCAGCAUUGUCGUGGCCCUUCUCUGGGUGGUGACUGAGUCAAUCCGCCGUCUUUUCUUUCACCCUCUAUCCCACAUUCCAGGUCCCCGCCUGGCCGCUUUAACCUGGUGGUACGAAUUCUACUACGAUGUCAUUCUUCCGGGCAAAUAUAUUUUCAAGAUCCAAGAACUGCACGGUGAAUAUGGACCCAUUCUCCGCAUCACCCCAGACGAAAUCCACAUCAACGACAUUGGGUUCUCGGACACGGUCUAUGCUGGCUUGAGAGACAAGUACGAGUACCCAUUACGGGCCCUGCGAGUGCCUGGAGGAGUAGGCACCACGGCAGAUGCCAGGCUGCACAAGUUACGCCGCGAAGCUCUCGUGCCCUUUUUCAGCAAACGCAACGUUCUAUCCCUUCAGCAUCUGGUUACAGAAAAGGUCAACCAGCUAUCUAAUAUCAUCGCGAAACACGCUAGAGAAGCGUCGCCAGUCAAUCUAUCGGAUCUCUUUUUCGCAUUCUCCAACGAUGUUGUGACCAACUUUUUGUUCGCACACAAAACGAACGGCCUCGCAGAUGAGAAGCAGGCAGGUAUAUCUCGGAAUAACAGCAGACAACUCCUCCAGGGCGUCCAUGUUAAUAAACAUUUUCCCUGGAUCGCGGACUUCCUCGAGGCCCUUCCGACCUCCAUCAGCAGACCCUUGAUGCCCCCAGGUCGCGUUGAUAUGUUCAACCUGUUCGAUAGAGUCCGCGGAGAAAUAUCCAAUAUCAUACAAGCGCAAUCAUCUAAAGCAGGAACCGAUAAAAAACACAGACGAAAUCCCACCGAAAAAGAAGCCGUCUACGAGUCUAUCCUAGUCAACGAGUCCCUUCCACCACAAGAAAGAACUUUGACCCGAUUAGAGCAAGAAGGCGCCCUCCUCGCCCUAGCAGGAACAGAAUCCCCAGCUCUAUCCCUCAGCAUAAUUUUCUACCACCUGCUCUCCAACCCGUCAAUUCUAACUAGGCUUCGCGCGGAGCUCGAAACAGUCCCAAUUAACGCCUCAUGGUCCCAAUUAGAAAAACUCCCUUACCUCAUAGCAGUCAUUGAAGAAGGUAACCGUCUUUCAUUUGGUGUAACAGCACGCAUUGGUCGUCGUGCAUAUGAGGAGCUGAUUUACACUCCGUCAUCUUAUGCCACUACUCGUGGGACCGGAAAAUCAUACAAAAUCCCUGCGCAUACGCCAUUGACUAUCUCCACGCUGAGCGUACAUACUGCACCAUCCGUCUUUCCGGACCCAUUUACCUUCGACCCUGAACGCUGGUUAGGUGAGGAUGGCCGAGAGCGCAAGCGGUUCCAAAUGGCGUUUAGCAAAGGAAGUCGUAAGUGCCUGGGAAUCGAGCUUGCCAAUGCCGAGCUCUGCUUGGUGAUUGCGGCUUUAGUUCGCUUAUUUGAAAUGACCCUUUAUGAGACCGAUGCUAGAGACGUCUCUUUCAAGCAUGACUAUCAAAUCGCGAUGCCGAAGAUAGGAUCUAAAGGUGUCAGGGCAACUGUCAAAUUCAGAGUUGAGAAUAGCUAUAAUAAUAAUCUUCUCGAUUCAUAGCAUCAAACUAUUUUGAAUAUUAAGCUAUAAAAAAAAGACCAAAAAAUAAGAAGAAUACAUACAACAGCAGGGAUUCGCUGGUGGUCACCCACCCAACUACUAACCUGCC